GAAGGCGAGAAGCCUGGGGAGCUUCGGGGUUGGCGAUCCUCGCGCGGAGCGCUUGCAAGCAGGGGCCGCGAAUCCGCAGCGCUAGAAGAUGGCUGAGACUUCAGGGGUCUCUGAGAAGGUGACCGUCUUCCGCCAGGAGGAUGGCUUCACUUACCGCAUCCCCGCUCUGCUCUACCUGUCUUCGGAGUCCACUUUCCUGGCCUUUGCGGAGGAGCGCACCUCACCUAGCGACAACCAUGCCAAGCUCCUGGUCAUGCGACGUGGACAGAAAGAGGGCCUGUCUGUAAAGUGGGGUCCCCUGCAAACUCUGGAGACCGCCGUCCUACCCAAAUACCGAACCAUGAAUCCGUGUCCAGUGUACGAUGCAAAGGAAGGCACAAUUUUCUUGUUUUUCAUCUGUGUGAAGGCCAAUGUGUCAGAACAGUAUCAGAUCAAGACGGGGAGAAACGCUGCCAGGCUGGGCUACAUCUUCAGCAAAGAUGGUGGACGCACCUGGAGCCAAAUGACGGACUUGACCGAAAAGGUGAUUGGAGAUGAUGUGAGGGACUGGGCCACGUUUGCCGUGGGACCAGGCCACGGGGUGCAGCUGAGUUCCGGACGGCUGGUUGUCCCAGCCUACACUUAUUAUAUCCACAAACGUCUGUUUGGACUUCCGCUCUACAGUGGCACCAAACCUCACUCCUUUGCCUUCUACAGCGAUGAUGGUGGGAAGAUGUGGCUGAAGGGACACCUUCUCCAAAAACCACUGCAGGCGUCGGAGUGCCAAAUGGCCGAGUUGGUGGAUCAGAAUAAUAGCCCGGUGUUAUACUGUAACGCCCGCAGCAGUGACGGAUACCGUGUCGAAGCCUUCAGCAGAGAUGGUGGGCAUCUCUUCGAAGCCCCUUUCAACUCUCAGAAGCUGGAGGAGGUUAAUAAUGGUUGUCAGGGUAGCGUAGUGAGUUUUCCUUCAUCACAACUGGGAUCAGAGUCUCCUUUAGCCUCCUCAAAGACCUUCGAAUCGUGGUUGAUCUUCUCCCAUCCCACCAACCGAAAGAUUCGUGCGGAUCUGGGCAUCUACUUGAACCCCCGUCCGUUGGAGGAAAAUUCCUGGAAGACACCCUGGAUCUUGAACACGGGACCCAGUGGCUACUCAGAUCUGGCUGUUUGCACAGGGGAAGAUCCUCUCUCUUUUGGCUGCUUGUUCGAAUGUGGAGUAUCGAUGUACUACGAAGAGAUCGCCUUCCAGUUGUUCAGUGGUGCAAAACUCUUGAAAACCUAGAACACAUCCACUCCAGAAAAGAAUUAAUUCAAUCCAAGGCGGCCCACAUCUCUGGGGCCCCUUCAGCCUCAGAGAAGAAAUAAAUCACAGACUUUUUAUACACAAUUUUUUUAUGGAAGAAAAUUUUAUCAGAGUUUUUAAAAAUAAUAGAAACUGAAAGGAAACUAAAGACAAUAAAGAAAAAGAGUAAAUAGUGAAAAAAAAGAAAAUAUUAAAAAAUAGGUUAUAUAAAAUAUAGAUUAUAUGAAGCAUAAUACAAACUGAAAGAAAACUAAAGGAAAUAAAGAAAAAGAAUAAAUAGUGAAAAAGGAAAAUAUUAAAAAAAAUAGAAUUAUAUAGAAGCAACUUCUGAUCUUCUUAAUGGUGGUUAUAGAUGCAUGUAUAUUUUUUGUCAGAGAUUUGCCAUGUCCAAAUGAAGUCAGAGGCGCUGAGACGAACUUGUAGUUUUAUAUACCAGUAAAUAAUUAUACUUUAUAACUAUAUAUACAGCAAAACUAGAUACUCAGGCUAACAGGAGCAUCGUGAGGUAAAUCAACACAGCGGGAAGAUCAUGAGGUAAAUUACAGAGCCCACAGAAGAAAAUGGGCGGGGGGAAAGGGAACCUCCCCCUCCACACCCACACAACCAAUCACAGCACAGAUUGCCUCAUCUCGGAGCCAGCCCUCUCCAAUCCAUCAACCACAGCUGUGUGUUCUGGAUCAUUGUACAACCCCACUCCAGCUCCAGCUAUCAAAUUUAAAUAUCUUAACAUUUCCCCUCUCUAUAGAAUAGAAUAGAAUAGAAUAGAAUAGAAUAGAAUAGAAUAGAAUAGAAUAGAAUAGAAUAGAAUAGAAU